AGGUAAAAAUCGUUUGUACGGGGUGGAUUAUAAGCGAAAAGAAGAUUGGUAAAGUAUAUCGAUCCCAUCUCGGAUUAGCUUAGUUGUAGCCUGGUACCUCUUGGUAGCCUCACAUUACUUCGCAAUAGUGGAAAAGAAUGCCGGAAUCUAACGGAAUCGAGCUGUUGUCGUCAGCCCUCGCAGGCGGACUCGAAGGCGACUCGGGAUCUGCCUCUGUGAGAAAGUAAGGCCGAAAGUAGAACUCUAUAUCUAUCGCUAGUAUCGUUAGUUGUUUUCAAAUUCAAAAUUCAUGAAAAAUGUAAGAAGUAUCUAUGUGAAAACAUCGCCACUUCUACGUGAAGACAGCUUCUUCUAUGUGAAGACAUCGCUACUUACGCAACUUGCAAGGUGUUGCAGCAGAGGUACUGCCAUGACGCUUUUCUUGCCUUUGAGCUUUCUGUAGCACUCAGUGUAUGUUUAGUCGAUGCUCUCGACCAUCGAGGCACCCCGCUGACCUCAGGUGCGUCAUUUCCGAUCACAAAUGUGUGAUGUCGCUCAUUAUCAAAAUAGUGACCCCAAUAAGAGGGCGAAAGGCUGGCGAAUUUUCAAAAUCGAGGGAAGGCUGGCCAAUUUUAAAACUCGUGCCGGAUGAAUCCCGCUAAUAUUCGAACGCUCAGGCUUCGUCCCUUUCCAGUCUUCUCGCUGCACAUGACCCCUACCGGUCUCUGGACGGUCGUUCGGAUGACGUUACUGCGGAAGAGGACGACGAGAGUAGAGGCGACUACACGUUCCACUAUUAUGGCUUUGUGUUUGUCUGUGUGUCUGUGUGGAAGACAGUGUUUCAAAUCAGAGGCGACCUGUAUAGAAUCGCGUGAAGUUGACCAGUAUAGAAUCGUGUGUGUAUACUAGGACCUCACUACCUAGUAACCUAGGACGGUAUAGUCAUUGCCAUUUAUUUUAGUCGUAGCUUAGUUACAAACUCUGUUUUGGCCUACUUAGUACUUACACUAUGCAAGGUGGUACGCGUUAUAUUACCCUGUUUUGGCCUACUUAGUACUUACACUAUGUUGCAAGGUGGCACGUUACUCGGUUUUGGUGUAAGUACUUACUACUUCCACUAUGCAAGGUGGCACGUUACUCGGUUUUGGCCUACUUACUACUUACACUAUGGUCUAAGACUCCUUACCAGAGGCUAAGUUUCGCAUGUGGACGGAUCGAGGAUUCCAAAUGUUGUUGACCAAAUGGGGUCUUGGCGAAUCAAUGUGUGUCGGCAAAUGGCGAUUUGAAGAACGGUGCCCUACUUAAGGCAACCUUACAGACAACUAGUACUAGUUAUUGGCUGAGAAGGACAAGAGAUAUAACCUGGUACUGCUAUUGGUAGCCUUGAUAUAGCUUCCCUUUCCGUGGGGGCUUGACUUUCUUACUAACAAACAAGUUGACAGGAAAAACGCAUCCUUUAGAUCAUGAUUCUUGUUCUCCCAAAGGAGUCUCAUCAGCAUUAUCCUUGGUCUCUAUUUCAAGGGAAAGAAGAAGUGUCGAAGGAUAUGGCUCUCAAAGUAGGAAGACGCGACGCGGUAGCUCUAAUCUACACGAGAUGCAGCACGUAAUUUAGUGCGGAGUUUCUUCAGGAGCGAAAAAAAUCGACCCGCACUCCAAGCAUUAGGCAUCUCAGUGUUAAAGCCGAGCGGGUUGGAGGUAUGAUAUUUGCUUAGACGUUUGGUCUUUUAUAGGUGCAAUGAUGUUGUAACCGACGACUACUUUGUUGCUCUCGACUUGUGAAUACAAAGUAAGUUCGAAAUCGCUUUCAAAAAAUAAUUGUUUGUUACAUGAUUGGUAGUCUUCGCCAACAGCGCCCUCAUCGAGUUAAACGUGUCCUGAAUCAAUUAUAGUCCAAGAAUUGUCAACCUUCUUUCUUCUAGGCCCAACAGUUCGCAAACCCAGGUAGACCUUGUGGAUAUAAGCACUACUGAAACUAGCAUGGCUAUGUUCGAGAAGCUUGAAGAGUGUGGCGCAGUCGGUCGCUCUGGUCAUAUCAAGGGUCGAUUGGAUGAGUACGUUGGAGACGUAGUGGUGAAUAAUCUCAUUCGCGAAGUCUUCUACAUGGAGGAGUCCGAUCUAUACGAUACUUACAGUUACGAUGAACAUGACAGGAGAUUAUCAGAUUGGAGUUACAUCUACAAUACUUAGCAGAAUAGAAGACACAUUCCAGGACGAUGAAAUUUUCUAAGUGAAGUAGAAACCAAUUCUCAUAUGAUGAGUAGGACGUAGAAGGGAUUGAUGUGGUACUAUUUUCCAGUGUAGUUAUUUUAAAAGGUAGGUCACAUUAAUGCAGCUACACUUACCUUACGUGCCCAUGAUACAAACAACGAUGAAUUGAAUCUUGUACGUACUUAUUCUUGCGUCUUCUAAUCUCACGCAAAAGAGCGUAAGGAAUUUAUCUUUCGGAUUUUCCAGCAUUUGGUGAUGGGGGGAGCGACAAACCAGUACGAGGAUGACAUUUCCGAAUACUUGAAAGCGACGAAAGCUUUUCUUUACGACUAGAAUGAAUGAAGAUUCUAGGUCUAGCAGCUUUCAAAGGAUUCACUACCGAAUACUUCUAGUAAUUCGCAACUACCGACUACUUCACUUGUGACGAGUUCGUCCUUUCCAUCACGUUUGUGCUUCCCAGAAAGUCCACUUCCACCCGAGGGCUUCGGGCUUCAAAACUAGUCCUUUGUUCGAGCUUCAAUGUAGUCUUUACAUUUACUUUUUUCUUCUUUUCUUCUAACUUGUCAGAGAUCUGGUCAGUGUAAAAAAGCGCGAUGACGGUGAACCUGAGGUAACCAGUAUGGUUUUCGAGGUCACAGGCCUGCACGACGGAAGCGCGAGGAAAUCGAGUAGUGGUUAUGAACGAAGGACACAGAGAUGGAAGAACCAAGUACUAGAUUACCGGAGCGAUGAGAUUGAUAAUUACGUACAUCGUCCGUGGUCACAGAGUACUUCCUUUUUCUUCCCUUUCACAAAUAGAGCUCGUACCUCUUUUACGUCACAAUAUACUAGCUAUAGUUUUAAUUACCGCUUCUAACCCAACGGCCUCUUCAAGCGAGAACAUACGACGAAUUUCUGCUACUUGAUAGUAGACACGCUGAUGCGGCAUGUGACGAUGUGGAAAUUCGCCUACGAAUCAGUGUGGUAGAGGGCUUUAUUACACGCGUUUGGGUUUUCGUAGAGAAAAGACAUGCACAUUGUCUUUGUGUGGGAAGAAGGAUGAGUACGCUAAUUUGUACCACUAGAGAUACACAUGGACUCUGAUAACAAAAGGGUAAGAAUAUUCUGAACAGAGGAGAAUGAUGUAGUGGUAGUCAGACAGCUCUGGUAGAUAACUUUUUCAUCUAAGAAACUAAAGUGCUUUGAAUUUGUCCACGAGCACCAGACAGUUUCAUGCUCCCUGACGAUA